CGAGAGGCCGAGUGACUUCUUGGCCAGGCGCGGGGCAGUGGACGCGCCGCUCGCUGCCAGCUGCUGUGCAGUUCCCCUCAUCCCGCGUUCGUGCUGUUGCAGCUCAUCAUGCCGAGGCGGCUUUCCCGGGCCAGGCCGGGACUGCCCCUGACUCCCGCUUGCAUCCUCCUCGCCCCCGUCUUGCUGCUGCUGCCUCUGCCUGGGGCGCGUAGCCUCGGCCUUUACUCGCCCAAGGACCCGCUGGUACUGCUGCGGGCAGACACGCUGGAACGCAGCAUCUUCAACUCCAGCAGCGCCUGGGUGGUCGAGUUUUAUGCCUCCUGGUGCGGCCACUGCAUCCACUUUGCCCCCACCUGGAUAGCUCUGGCCAGCGACAUCAAGGAUUGGAGACCUGCUGUGAUGCUGGGUGUGAUUGACUGCGCUGAUAUGUCCAAUCAGAAAAUAUGUUCAGACUUUGGAAUUACUGGCUACCCAACACUGAAGUUCUUCAAGGCCUUUUCCAAGAAACCAGAGGAUGGCAUAAGACUCUACCAUCAUGGCGAUGACAUUCGGAACCUGAGGGAGUCGAUAAUCGCUACUCUAGAGAGACAUGAAACCGUGUGGCCUCCUGCCUGCCCCCCUCUGGAGCCAAUCAGUGCUGCAGAACUUCACGGCUUCUUCCAGGCAAACAAUGUGACUUAUUUGGGCCUGAUAUUUGAGAAGGAAGACUCCUUUUUGGGCAGAGAGGUGACUUUGGACAUGCUCCAGUUUGAGAACAUUGCAGUGAGGAGAGUCCUGCAGAGCAAUGUGGAACUAGUGAAGCGUUUCAAUGUCACUACCUUCCCUUCUGGCUUCCUGCUGCUCAAUACUGGCUCUUACAGCCCCAUCCCUGUCCAUAACGAUUCAAGAUACCUUUACACAGACUACUUGCGGAGGCUAUCUGGGGUCUUCCGAGGAGGCGCCUUCAAGCCUACUGUGGUACCAGAUGUUUAUCCAACCACUACCCCUGCUCCCUGGAGGGUGGCAGACAGGAAAAAACUGUACAUGGCUGAUGUGGAGUCUGCAGUGGUUUAUUCCCUAAGGAUGGAGGCAGCGCGAUUCCUGCACCUUGACGAAGAGCGGCUGGCUUUACUGAAGCAGUAUGUGACUGUAUUGGUCAAGUAUUUUCCAGGACGCCCUAAGGUCAUGAACUACCUUCGCAACCUGGAUUCGUGGCUGAGGCCAAAGAUGAAUGUUUCACAGAGUGAAUGGGAGGAAGCUCUAAGAAAUAAAAAAGAGCUUCCAAGUGCCAGAUUGCCAGAAACUCCAACCUGGGUAGGAUGCCAAGGAAGCAAGCCUCAGUAUCGAGGUUAUCCGUGUAGCCUCUGGACUCUCUUCCAUCUCCUGACAGUGCAGGAAGCUCUGCGCAGCCCUGUGUCUGCCUCACCAUCGGAAGUCCUUCCCACAAUGAGAGGGUACGUGCGGUACUUCUUUGGCUGCCGGGAGUGCGCAGACCAUUUUGAAGCCAUGGUGGCAGAGUCCAUGAAUAAAGUGAGGGACAAAGAUGGGGCUAUUCUCUGGCUUUGGUCAAGGCACAAUCGUGUUAAUCUUCGCUUGGCAGAUUCCUCAAGUACUGAUCCCAGAUUUCCCAAGAUCCAGUGGCCUCCCCAAGACUUGUGUUUGCGGUGCCAGAUGACCGUCAAUGGAAAGCGCAUGUGGAAUAGAGAGGCCGUCUUGAAGUUCUUCAAGUUUCAUUUCUCACGGGCCAACAUUUACUUGGAUUUCUUGGAUCGUCUGGUCCGAAAUGUUCGCAAUGUUGCGGAGAGAGACUAUGAAACUGAGGGGAAGCUGGAGGGAGGGGGAGGAGGAGAGAAUGUCAGAGAAGCUGAAGAAGAGUUUGAGAAAGACAAGCAGAGAACAGAGAAGCAAGAGGAUGCAAGAGUGGAGAAAUCUGGUUUGGACAGAUCAGGUUCUCCAGAGCUGCACAGGCCAAGUAUUAUCAAGAUGAACACAAAGACAAAAGAGCUGGAGGAAGAUAUUGUUGAUCUAGAUACCUUCAGUGAACAGCACUACAGGAGCAAAGCCUUAAAAGCCGCAGCGGAGGCCAACGUUAGGCCUCGGCGCAGUAAGAGGGACACUGGGCUGGUGCUAAUGGAAGACGAGGGGCUCCAAUCGUUUGAUUAUGACGCUUUCUGGGACCACCGGAGGCAUAAGGGAAUAGGAGCCCAGCAGCUCAUUGGUGCGGUGGAAGAAGAGGGAUCUGAAAAAGAAUAUAGGCUCACCUUGAGGAAGAGCCAGUGGUUCCGCAUACUGGGAGUGGGUUUUUCCCGGUUGGAUGUCAGCUUGUGUAUUGCCUUGUACUUCCUCUCCUCCUUGUGUCUGUUGGGCAUGUAUACCUUCUUCCGCAUGCGUUUAAGGUAUCGCAAGGGCCGUCCAGGUUACCCAUUGGCCUGAAAGAGAAGCUGGGAUUUAAGGGACUGGGGAUGUUUUGCCUGCUAUGGUGGGUUCUCACCAACAAAUCAUACAACAAAUCAUGACUGUAGAUUCACAAAUGCAAAAAUACACAGGCAUCAUGUCAUUUAUGAAAGGGGUGCGUCCUUGAAUUGUUCACCAGCUGUCCUUGUGAACAACAUGGAAGCAAAGGAGAGAGGAUUGGACACACACCUCAGUGUGUAAAGAGAAACAUGGUGAAUAAGACAGGCCUAUGUCUUUCACAGCAUAUCCGUAUUUUGCAUCAGUGUAUCUGAACCAGAGUACUGAUUCUUGAAUGAGAAGCUGGCUUUACUGUUGAAAGGGGAAUGGGUUUAUAUUUCAGGCCACAUGAUGACAGUUCUUCUUGAUUUUUCUGGGGAACUAGAGAUAAGGAGAGAGCUAACUGGAAGUAUUCUGAUCCCAGUAUUCAAAUGUAGCAUAAUCCUCCUGAGAAUCAGUGUUACAUCGUUCUCAUGGACACUUUACUAUGGCCAGUUGGGAACAGAAGCAAAAUGACUGCUUUGAAACAUUGAUCACAGAGAGAACUCUGUUUUGCAGUUUUUAAAAGCUGCUUUCUAGAUUAAAGAACCCCCCUGCAGUGUAGGACUAUGUGGACAUGAGAAUGAAUGUUGGUGCCAAUUUUACCUUGAGGUAUCUCUGAGCCCUUUUCUAUCCUGAAGAACCUUUUAAUCCUGGCUUGACUAACCCCAGUUUCUUGAAUCUCUAGAUAUAGAAGCCCAAUCUAAAGUGGUCAGUGGGGAGAAGCCUUGAUCUGUUUACUAAACUGGACUCAAAAGCUUCUGAGCCAUUGUGAAAUGACCUUCAAUAAAGCCAGUGUGUGUGAUGCUGUGUUUGCAGCUGAUGUUGGAGAAACAAACAAAACUAGAAUAUUUCCCCCGUCGAGUAAUUUACUAAUUUUGGUAUGAAGUAUAGGUGACCAGUGUGCAGCAUGUCGCCAAUUCUUCAAUGUGCAGAGUUCACAUUGGUGUUAUCCUUUAUGCAGGAAUUCCUGUGGGCCUGGCUGUAGUAUAAUCAGGCUUACACUGCUUGCCGGCCUUUCCCAGGCUGCACUUCUUCUUGCUUCCUGAAUCAGUAGACUAAGCACAAAGCAGCCCAAGGCAUGGGUGAGGUGGGGGAGGAAUAUAUCUGUGGCUCACCACUGGUGUGAAGACUGCCAAGAAUGGCAAAAACAUGGAUGCUCUUUCUAGUAGGACCACAGAAUUUGUAGACCAUCAAGGGUCCAAAACUCCUCUAAGCAUAAGAACCACAUAACAGGCCAGCUUCCUUCAGUGCUACCACCUUUCUUGCAGUUCCUAAUAGUCAUUUUUCCCUCUCACCAAGCACUGCUCUCCUCACAGUCCCACUUUUCCCCUCUUCCCAAGCAUUUUUCAGCUAGCCAACCUGCCCACUGCUCCUUUUAUUUCACCCUACCUUUCUAGCCUAGCUCACAGUCCUCCAUAUGUUGCUGGCUAUUUGUACCAUAAUCUCCCAGUCUCUUAUAAUUCCAUCAUGUCAGUGGAAGAGAAGAACAAACUUUGUUCCUAGAAUUGCCAGAAAGAAAGAACACAUGGUCAUCUGGUCCUGAGACACAUGUUGAUAAUCUCUGGUCUCUGAGAGUGAUCUGAGUGUGAGUGUGUGCGCACUUGUGUUGAACCAGAAAAAGUGUGUGUGCGCACCUGUCAUGGAUGGUACCACAGGACUCCUUAAAAACUUCUCAGCCACUUCUUCCCUUCCAAGAGUUGUUGAGCCACCUCUGGGGAGGGGCAAGAUCUCCAUUUAAAUAAUGGAAUAGCAUUGUCAUAAGCUGGCUUUCAAAUAAAGAGAUGGCAAAUUCAUAACAAAGAACUAGCUACUAGCAGUAAGAAAUUACUCAUGUUCGUAAUUGAGAAAUGUGAAAAUGGGGUGAUAAUGUAUAAGUUGCAUUCCUCAAAGCAUCGCAGUUCCCCACCUCUUGUGUAUAUGCAUGUGUACACACACACACUGUAUUUUUGUGUCUUUUGCUUUCAUUUGCAAGUUAAGGUGCUCAUUUUUACACAAGUGCCUUGUAUUCCUCCUUCCUCUUCCUCAUAACUGCCCAGUUGAGCUGGUGUAUCGUAAUGGCUAAAACUGGGUGGUGAGCAGGGAGUCCAUGGUCCAAAUCUCCCCUCUGUCAAGAACUCACUAGAUUCUCUUAAGCAGGCCAUAUUCUCUCUGACUCAAUCCCCCAUCUGCAACAUGGGGCUAAAAAUACUGGACUCUCUAACAAAGCUGUAGUAAGAAUUACUCAGAUAAUGUAUGUGAAAUGCUUUGAACACUUGAAAUAUCUCUAUAAAUGUGUAUUGUUGAUACUCAGCUCCAUAUUUUCCAGUUAUAUCUGGACACUCAUUGCUGUGGGAGCUCACUCCCAUAACUUGUGAGUUUGUAGUCUUGGCUUCUUCUCCACUCUCCCCCACCCCCCCGGGAUGAUUCCUGUCCUGAUUACAGAGACAAUAUUAGCAGACUGUUCAACCUUAUUCUGUCCAGCCGUGACUUCUGGGUCUGUUUUGAAAACGGAUGGGGACUAUCCUGACAUCUUGAGUUGACAAGUCCUCACUACCUUGUCCCUGUUUAUUUCCCAGCUCAUCAGAGGUUUCCCAUGGUUUGGCUGCCAUAUUGUUUAGACCAAGGAUGGCCAAGUUCAGUUUUCCCAGAGGCCUUUUGUUUUCUCCAGACAUUAGUCUGUGGGGCUGGAACAAGCUAACUCCUCCUGGGUUAUCUGGGUCUAUAAACAAACCUGGCCUCUCUUAACAAAAAGGUAUAGAGUAACUGAGGUCUGAUUUGGGGUGGGGCAAAGAACUAAUAUAUUCCCUGAAAGCUACCCUUGAGAGACAGACUGGCUUUUUCAGUGGUUCCUAUUCAUGUGUAAUGUUCAGCACAUGUACAGUUUCUGUGUGUACCCUGCAUUUGAGGGAGCCUGUACCUAGGUUCACUUUUUAAAUGAAUGCAGGUAAGUCAUUCACACACAAAAAUUACAUGUAUACAGACCGCUGUAUGCAUGUACAAUUUAAUGUCUGGAUUAGAGCUUUUGUCUUUCUAGAAUGUGCCUGAGAUAGCAAUAGAACUUUUAAAAGAGGGAUGGGGGGCAGCAAGGGGCAAGGUCAAACUGCUCUGUAGGAUAGGGACCUUCUAAUUAACUACAUGUGCUAAGUACCUGCACUCCGUUAACAUGAAAUAAUGCUAGUAAUUAGACCUUCAGCAGGUAACAUACAAAGCAGGCCAUCCUGCUGUAUGAAGAGCCAUUCUUGUGUGUUUUGAAACACAGCCUCAUUAAUGUAGGCUGCUCUUAACCUCUCUUAGCUAGCUUAUAAAUACUAAAGGCGAAGAUUCUGUUUUCUUCAAACAUUCUUAUCAGUGCCGAGACUUUAAAAAGAGCCAGAGGUUUUCUUUCAGAUGGUAUGUGCCCAGACAUUCUUGUAAAACUUUGCUAGUCUGGCUGUGCUUCUAUAUCUACAGCAGUGGUGAGCCUUUAGUGCUAACCUAAUGCGAACUGGUACAUUUAAACGACUGUUUUCAAAAACUAUCAGCCUUUCUUUGAUAUCACCAGUGGAAAGGUGCACAGCAUUAAUGGUAGGUGCCUUUUAGCCAGAUGUUGCAGUAAUUAAGACAGGGUCCAUCUUCUAUGUUCUUGUGGAUCAUUCUUUUUUCCAGGCGGUUAGGAGCUGGAAAUGUGUUUUGCCACAAAACUGACUUGCUCACAGUUGCAUGAGCUCUAUAAUAAAGUUGGCAACAUGCAGCAUUAAUUUGGGUUUCACAAUUAUGGAGGACACGUGCUCGGGUACAAUUAAUUGGAUACAAAAUCUGAAAAGAGAUCAUAUUAAAUGGGGACCUUUGUUUCCAUCCCUUACUACCUGGAAAAAUUUCAUAUUUUUCCUUUAAACCGUGAAUUGCACAGGUUUAAAACCUGGUUAAGGCCACCAAAGGUCAAAUAAUGCUGUUUCAAGUGCCAGAUCCUGAAGGAUAGUGGUUGGCCACCCUUCAGUGAAGAUGUUGAUGCCUUUUUGAUGUAAGUAAUAGGUUAAAAAUAGAAAACGUCUUCAUGAAGUCAGGCCUAUGUUCUCUAAUGUCUGCCUGUGAGGCCAUCCCCCUCCAGAAGUUUCUCCACCACUCUUCAUUAGCACUAUGUUACAUGAGAGGAACUUCCUAUCCACUAGAAAAUUUCUUCACCACUAGUGGGUGAGACCUGUUGGUAGUCUCUUCCUGAAGUGGCUGUGCCACCCCCUAUUUCAAAAUGUGGUGUGGGGAGAAAGCACCAUCACAAAUCCCAUUUGUAUGUGGGUCAUAAUCUGAAUUUGCAGUGUGUAGGAGGGAUAACGUGCCAAUACAGUAGGUUACCUGAUACCCUCAUAGCUUUGUGUGGUUUCCAGAACCCCUCUGUUUAUAGAAGUCUGUCUCAAGGCCACUCUGGAAAGAGAAUAUCUAGAUUGCUUUACAUCUUAUUAAUGUGUUUUGCUACUUAUUUUGUGCCCCCUUCUCUAUUGGGGCUUGGAGAUCUUUUUUAAAAAAUGGGGCAGCAAAGGAACUACUUCUUUAUGGAAGAAAAGGAAGGGAGACUUGUUUUGAUGUGCUUGCAUUUUAAAAGAUCUGGAUGGGUUUGACACACUGCCUUUUUUCUGUGAUCUUCCACCACAGCUGCUGAACAGGAAUGAUCCAAGGAACUUCUGAUCUCAUGAUAUUUCUAUGUCUGUUUCUGUACAGGUGGAAUAAAUUUAUUUUUGCUAAUAUUUAUGUGGGUCUGACCAGAGUAUGAUGUAUGUCUGCAAGUUUCUAAAAGUAUAAUGCACUGCAGAGGCUGUUGGAGAGAAUGUGAGAUUUUCAGUCUAUGAAGCAGCCUGGAACUUAAGCAGAAGAUGAUCCCUCCAUUAUUCCCAAGAACUCUCCUCAGAUGAAGGAAACGUUUAUUCAUUUCAUUUCUAACUCAGCCUUCUUAGCUAGCACUAGGUGUUCUCAAUGCAAAAAUAUUAAAAAUCUGCACCUAAGUAAUUCUGUACCAAGAAGAGCUGAGUUCUACAACCAGUAUAAAAUGAGCAAAUUUCUAUCAAUUGUUAUACACUGAUUAGCAAUUUAGAUUAUUAUACUGAUUAGCAAUUUAUGUGAUCUGUUCUGGUUUUGCUAGUCAAAGGGGAGGAGCAAGGAGCUUGGCAGGGCACUGAAGCCAUUUCCCUUGGCAAUCUUGAGGCCAAACUCAACAUGAUAAAAGCGGUCAUGUGUAUUUGAAUGUAUGUCCAGUUUAUGAAUAAAGCAUAUGAUUGAGGUGAGGAUUUUAUUUCCCUACCCAAACAGAGCACAGAGGUGAGGGGAGUUGAACCCUGACCUCUGCAUGUUCAAGCACUUCCCUCCCCAGCCCAGCUCAUUUGUCAGCGCAGAGCUGCUAGAAAAGUGCUACAGGUUACGGGGGAGAGCUGAGCGUCAUUCAUUUCAUUCAUUGGCGUGUGUGUGUGUUGGGGGGGGGGCAUUAGACCCCACAGAAACAUACCUUGCCUAUUUUAUGUGUGAACAAGUAGACGCAUGCAUAAGUAAAUGGGCCUGCCAGUCAUGGCUAGUUUGGCCUUUAUUCAGCCUCUCCCCGGCUUCCGAACUCUUACAAGGCAGUACCAACACCAGCUUGGGGGGGUGUUUACACUGUUUGCUGCUCACAACUAUUGCUAUUGGCUUCCUUGGUAGAAAUCGAGCAGCUGUGCUGGUGGACUCAAUUCCCACCCGCCUCAUGAUUCAUGCCCUUGCUCUAGCAUUACAAAGGUUUGUGGGAAGCUUACCUGCUUGGCCAUGCUGACAGCCCCCAUUCUUUUUUUCUUUUUCACCAAGGUCUCAAGGGUCAUCCAUGGGCCGUCUGCCAAUGUCCAAUCUCGUCAGCCCCUUGCGCUGACCCUGUUUUCAUUAACCUUAAUGGGGAUGUGUCAAAUAAAAUCUCAGUUCUCACCAAUAAAUGGUUGCAAGUCA